AUGAGCAUUCAUGUUAGAAAACGAAUUAUUUGUGCUAUUUCGGGAGGUAUUGAUAGUGCUGUUAGUGCUUUAUUGUUAAAGAAAAAAGGUUAUGACGUUAUUGGAUGUUUUAUGAAAAAUUGGGAUAAAUAUGAUGAUAAUACUGUCACGUGUACACUUGAUAAAGAUUUGGAAGAUGCUGAAUAUGUGUGUCGUAAAUUACAAAUUAAAUUACAUGUUGUAGAUUUUGUGAAGCAAUAUUGGAAUAAAGUAUUUAUACCAUUUUUAGACGAUUAUCAAAAUGGAUUAACACCGAAUCCUGAUAUACUCUGUAAUAAAUAUGUUAAAUUUGAUGCCUUAUUAACAUACUGCAAACAACAUUUACAAACGGAAUUACUAGCUACAGGACACUAUGACAUAAACUAUGCCUUGAAAUAUGUACAAUUUCCAGUUGGUGAUAUAUUAAAAUCGGAUGUAAAAAAAAUAGCAUUAGAAAAUAGUUUAGAACGUUUUGUACAAAAACGUGAGAGUAUGGGCAUAUGUUUUAUUGGUAAACGAAAAUUUCAUGUAUUUAUUGAUCAAUUUAUAUCCGAGUUAAAGGGUGAUAUUCGACAUAUUGAAACGAAUAACAUCAUUGGAGAACAUAAAGGAAUUCAUCGACAUACAUUAGGACAACGAAUACCAAUCUAUGAUAGACAACAUGCACCAGGAACAAAUCAUCCAGCUUUAUUCACACAACAUUUCCAUACUGAUGCUUCGCAUUGGAUCGAUGAAAUACCAUACACAUUUAAAACUAAUGGACAUUUUGAAUGUGAUUUUAAAUUUCAACAUCGGCACAAAACAAUUGUUGUACAAGUUUCAUCGUCAUCACCUAACAACACACGUUUGAAGAUUUCAUUACCCAUUCCUAUUCGAUCAAUAUCGCCUGGACAGUAUGCUGUGUUUUAUAAUGGCGAAGAAUGUUUAGGUGGUGCACGAAUUAUUGAUAACGGCACAUCGUUGUAUGAACUGAAACAUAGUCCCCCAUUGAUCAAUUCCGAUCGUUUGCUUAACAAAUACUGA